UUGGGAGUUUUAGAGUCACUGACACAACAAGCUCGAGCCACCGAAGCAGCAACAGUCCGAAGAGCCGCUCCUGUCGUCUCUUUAACUAAAUAACUAAAUAACUAACGGUCUGCUGCUAAUCAACUACUGACCAAAAACGGCAGCCAUGAAGCAGCAGACAAGUUUUGUCCUUUGGCUUCAACUUUUCACCGCGUGUCUGGUGUUCGCGGUGAACGGGGAUUACUGUAAGGUGAAUGUGUGCAGUAAUGGUGGCACCUGUGUGACCGGGGCAGGCGCUCCGUUCAUCUGUAUCUGCCCCGAUGGCUUCUCUGGAGAAACCUGCAAUGAGACGGAGACUGGGCCCUGCUACCCCAACCCGUGCAAGAAUGAUGCCAUCUGCGAGGUGGCGGGCCAAUCCCGGCGAGGUGACGUCUUCAGCGAGUACGUCUGCAAGUGCCAGCCGGGCUUUGACGGAGUCCACUGCCAGAACAGUGUCGACGGGGCAGAUUUAAGUUGGAGAAAAGAUGUGAAUGACUGCGCCGGCCAGCCAUGCAAGAAUGGUGGCACCUGCAGGGACCUGGAGGGAGAUUUCAAAUGCCACUGCCCGUCCCCUUAUGUGGGCAAACAUUGCCAACUGCGCUGCAUUUCUCUGCUCGGCAUGGAGGGAGGGGGCAUCGCUGAGUCCCAGAUCUCAGCCUCUUCAGUCCGUUACAGCAUGCUGGGCCUGCAGCGCUGGGGACCCGAGCUGGCUCGCCUUCACAACAAGGGAAUGGUUAACGCCUGGAGCGCCGCUGCUCAUGAUAAGAACCCAUGGAUAGAGAUCAACAUGCAAAGAAAGAUGCGCUUUACAGGCAUCGUGAUGCAGGGUGCAAGUCGCAUUGGAACAGCCGAGUUCAUCAAGUCCUUCAAGGUGGCCUCCAGCCUGGACGGCAAGACGUACACCUUGUACAGAACAGACGGACAGAGGAAGGACAAUGUAUUUGUCGGAAACGUGGACAACGACGGCACCAAGACCAACCUGUUUGACCCCCCGAUCAUCGCUCAGUACAUCCGCAUUGUCCCUGUGGUGUGUCGCAAGGCCUGCACCAUGCGCAUGGAGCUGGUGGGCUGUGAACUCAACGUGUAUUCAAACACUCCAGGUUGUUCAGAGCCGAUGGGCAUGAAGUCCCGGUUGGUGUCUGACCGCCAGAUCACGUCCUCCAGCACCUUCCGCACCUGGGGCAUCGAGGCCUUCACCUGGCACCCUCACUACGCCCGACUGGACAAACAGGGCAAGACCAACGCCUGGACCGCCGCCACCAACAACCAAUCUGAGUGGCUGCAGGUGGACCUGGGGUCUCUCAAGAAGGUGACAGGAGUCAUCACACAGGGGGCCAAAGACUUUGGCUCCAUCCAAUUUGUCACAGCCUUCAAAUUUGCUUACAGUGAUGACGGACGGUCCUGGACCAUCAUGAAGGACGCGACCACAAAGACGGACAGGAUCUGCCCAGGUAACAGCGACAACAACGUUCACAAAAAGAACAUCUUCGAGCCCCCGAUCUACGCCCGAUACGUCCGCAUCCUGCCGUGGGAGUGGCACGAGCGCAUCACCCUGCGAAUGGAGCUCCUGGGCUGCGACGAGUAGCACCGCCCUCCUCCUUCCUCUACCUCCUCCCACUCCUUCCCGCCUCCUCUUCUUCCCUCCCUCCCUUCUCUCUCCUGAGCCACACCUGCACUGCCUUGCUCUCAGCCCUAGGGGGCAGCAAACACCAGAGUAGCACACCACCACACCGACCCUGGCUGGUUGGAGGUGGGAGCGGUUACCCUUAACCACUGUUACCCUGAUUGAGUUUAGUUUACAGCGUCCCCUCAUUGUUCGUCUCCUGAAUUGGUCGCUCUUCUUUUCCACCUGAACCAAAUCUGGGAUCAUUUCAAGAAACAGCCGUACAUCAUCUUUGUCACGGAGCAGAGCUGGGGUCGGAUAAGUCAAAGGCGGAGAUCUGAGGUCAGGGGUAACGGGACUGCUGCUGUAUCCGUUGGUGCUGCCUAGACUCUGAUCCUAAAUGAGUUGUACCUGGAACAUUGAACCUCCAAGACCCACGGCUGGUGACGUACAUAAGCUUGUUCACAUCCUGUAACCGAACACUUCCCCACACACAAAAUAUAAAUCAAUUCUUCAGAGGAUACAUCGACGCUUACGGCUGAUUAUUUUUCUUGAUCAUAAAGUGAAGAUGCACAAUAUGAUUUAUAAACCUUUAAAUCUGGUAAAAGAAACGUGCUUGUUGCUCUUUAAUGGGAAAAACUAGCAAGUAAUACUAAAUAGUUUAACUAUUUACCAUCAUUUGUUGGAUCUGUUAAUAAGACUUAAAACCUUGAGGUGUUCCACUGUGUGUUUCAGUCUCUCUAAUAUUACUCUGCAGUGGUUUGAACAGUAAAAUCCUCAGCUCAUGUUUCUUACUGUACGUGUUUGAACUGCUUUAGAGGGUUAACAUCCAAGAUGUAAACAUGAUGAUCACUGUGCAGCCAACAAGGAGCGACGUCCCACGAUCUUCAGAAAUCCCCAUUUUUACUGAAGAUGUGUACAAACGCAUGUUCAAGCUCCGUCUCUUUUCUGUUUGAGGCCACGGCCUCAGUUGGAGACUUCGGGCCACAUCUGGGUGAAGUCAUCAACUCGUCUUGUGCCAACGCACCCUCCAGAUUUCUGUUUCUGUGGGUUUAUUUAGAAAGAUGUAUAGUUUAUGGUGAGCUGAUGCAGACACGCACAGAACAAAAGAUUAAUAAAAUGCAUUAAAGUCAAUGAACCAUGACAGACAGUUUAGCAGCAGAGGAGAUGCCCUCAUUGACAGACAGGAUGUUGUAAACAAAGGACAAACGGAGCUUGAGAUCCUUGUUGAGGGAAAGAGAGGAGACUUUAUUGCUCUUUAAGAAAUUAACAAUAGCCGUUGACUGAGAUUUAACACGUGCUGCUGUCACGACUAUACAAACAUCUGACACAAGAACGUCACAUGAUCCAUUCAGAAGAUAUUUAAAGACGGCUAUUGCAAUAUUCAUUUCUCAUUGGCUGCUACAGCUCGUGUGUAUCAAAUACAAAUUCAGUUAGUUUACUUAAAAUAACAUGACAAAGCCACAUUUAUGGUAACUUUACACUUAGUUACGUCUUUAACGGGCUGUUUUGUGGAAUAAAAGAAGUGUGUGUUGUGAUCUUUAGCUCUGGACCCUUCACUUCAAAUCCAUUUGAUGUGACGGGAGUCUUGAAAUAACAAGACUGACAGUAUUAAAUCAAUAUAAUGUACAUUAAAUGCUACUAAAACGUCACACACACACACACACUCUGCUUUGCUUAAAGUUGUGUUCACACAGUUUCUCUUUUUUUAUGGCACUUUGAUGUUUGUGUUUUAACAUUUGCAAUAUAAAAAAAAUGCGUAUUGUUGAAGAAGAACCAGUAAACGGAGUCACAUGCAGGAGUAAAGACAAACUGUACUCCCAGUUCAGUUUCUUUGUUGGGUUAAAGUGAGCGUUGGAAGUCUGGGGGAACCCCUCGCUUUGGUUGUUGGUGUGAAUAUGUGACCUGCAUAUAUAAAAUACUUUUGUACGGAGAUCUGUUGGUAUUAGUAGAUGUUAAUGUUUGCUGCAGACCAUCUCUUUAGGGUCCAACAUUACGCCUCCAGUUGAAAGCUGAGGCCCCGCUGAUAAGACUGUAAGAGAGAAACCAAAUUAAAACUGAUUCUUUACGGUUCCACUGGACAUGUGACACGAACCGCCAUAUCAUCUGCUUCUGCCGCCCCCAUCACAGUAUUCUAAACCUUUCCACCCCAUGAAUUAUGAAUUAUGGGCUCGUGCAAUAUUAUACUGUGUUAGUUUUGAUAACAAUGAAUAUUAAUUCAAGAUCCUUUAAAAAAUGCAUGAGGGGAUCGCGGUGCCACUGAGGUGGAGGAUGGAUGUUGGUGUCAAACACUGUACAAUAUUUAUUAUUGUUGCAGACGAUUCCAUGCGCAGCCCCCCCUUGUUAUCCACGUCUGCAUGCAUUUUAUUGACUCGUGUUUCAAACGAUUUCUUUGAAUUUAUUGAUGACAUGGCUUUAUUUUUUUUUUCUUGGUGUUCAUCAACAUUCAAAGUAUUGUAGAUAUCUUGUUUCCCAGGUGUUCAGGUUUUCUAUGAUUGAUCAAAAACAAAUAUGGAUAUGUUCUUAUGGUAUUAUGACAUGAGUUUAUUUCUCGCUAUACUGACUGUUGACCUCAAAGAUGUUUGACUGGAUUUUAAGCUUCUUUAAGUUCCAGUAUUGUGUUUCUAAGAGGAUUCCUUUGUAUGUUUGUAUCUUUAAAUGAAAAAUAAAGAAUUUAAAACAUAUUUUGAA